CGAUCGUGAUCGCGGUGGCGGUGCCGGUGUCGGGGCAGCGACGGAGCCCGGGGCAUGGCGGGCCUGGGCUCCCCGGAACCGGGCACCGGUCCCGCUCCCGUCCCGGCCACUCGCGUGGAGCUCACGGUGUCCUGCAGGCAGCUCCUGGACAGGGACACCUUCUCCAAGUCAGACCCAGUCUGUGUGCUGUACACGCAGCGCCCCGGCAGCCACCAAUGGCGGGAGUUUGGCCGGACUGAGGUCAUCGACAAUUCCCUGAAUCCUGACUUUCUGCACAAGUUUGUCCUUGAUUAUUGCUUUGAGGAGCGGCAGAACCUGCGCUUUGACUUGUAUGAUGUGGACUCCAAGAGCCCUGACCUCUCCAAGCAUGAUUUCCUGGGCCAGGCAUUCUGCACCCUGGGGGAGAUUGUGGGCUCAGCUGGCAGCCGCCUAGAGAAGCCCCUGACGAUGGGAACAGCCACCAAGCACCCCCGGGGCAGGAGACCAGCCCCAGCCACCUCCAGUGGCAGUGGCAUUCCAGGGAAGAAGUGUGGCACCAUCAUACUCAUCGCUGAAGAGUUGGGAAACUGCCGGGAUGUCGCCACACUCCAGUUCUCUGCCAACAAGCUGGAUAAGAAGGAUUUCUUCGGAAAAUCUGACCCCUUCAUGGUCUUCUACCGCAGCAAUGAAGAUGGGACUUUCACCAUCUGCCACAAGACAGAAGUGGUGCGGAAUACACUGAACCCUGUCUGGGCAGCCUUUGCCAUUCCUGUCCGUGCUCUCUGCAAUGGGGACCAUGACCGAGCCAUCAAGGUGGAGGUAUAUGACUGGGACCGUGAUGGCAGCCACGACUUCAUCGGGGAGUUCACCACCAGCUACCGGGAGCUGGCGCGAGGCCAGAGCCACUUCAACGUGUAUGAGGUGGUGAACCCCCGGAAGAAGAUGAAGAAGAAGAAGUACCUGAACUCUGGGACAGUGACACUGCUGUCCUUUGCUGUGGAGGCUGAGCACACCUUCCUGGACUACAUCAGGGGCGGGACCCAACUCAACUUCACAGUGGCCAUUGACUUCACGGCAUCCAAUGGGAACCCCUCGCAGCCCACGUCUCUGCACUAUCUGAGCCCCUUCCAGCUGAAUGCCUACAGCCUGGCACUGCGGGCCGUGGGGGACAUCAUUCAGGACUACGACAGUGACAAGAUGUUCCCAGCCCUUGGCUUUGGCGCCAAGGUCCCCCCGGAUGGGCAUGUGUCCCACGAGUUCCCACUGAAUGGGGAUGCAUCAAACCCGGCGUGCCAUGGCAUUGCGGGGGUGUUGGAGGCCUAUCAGUGCAGCCUGCGCCGUGUCCAGCUCUAUGGCCCCACCAACUUUGCCCCUGUCGUCAACCAUGUUGCCCGCUCGGCAGCCACAGUGCUGGAUGGGUCCCAGUACUUUGUCCUCCUCAUCAUCACCGAUGGUGUCAUCUCCGACAUGGCCCAGACCAAGGAGGCCAUUGUCAAUGCUGCCAAAUUGCCCAUGUCCAUCAUCAUCGUGGGGGUUGGCCAGGCAGAGUUUGAUGCUAUGGUGGAGCUGGAUGGGGAUGACAUCCGCAUCUCUUCCCGUGGUAAAGUGGCGGAGCGUGAUAUCGUCCAGUUUGUUCCAUUUCGUGACUACAUGUCGGGGGGUCCUGGCGCAGGGCUGAGCAUGGCAGGGCUGGCACGGGAAGUCCUAGCCGAGAUUCCCGACCAGCUCCUCUCUUACAUGAAGGCACGGGGCAUAAAACCCCCACCGAUCCCUCCCAUGUCCCCUGAAACCCCCCCACCCUGACUGCCUACCCCCAAUACACCACAUCCCCUCAUCCUACCCCAAGACCCUCUAUCCAGGGACCAAAGGCAGCCAUACUCUGCCAGAGACCUGGGUCUGGGGGUCCCUCUCCUCUCUUCCACAAUCUUGGGGUCCCCCUCUGAUCUCGGGUCCCCUCCCCAAUCUGGGUUCCCACCUCCACAUCCAUAAACCAGCUUUUGGGUUUCCCAGGGGGACUGGGAUGGUGUUGCCUGAGCAUUCUUGGCAAUGGGACCCCCCCCUACACCCAUCGAGGACUGUCCUGUCCCCACAAAAAAGGGGCAGGGGGUCUUCACCCUCCUAACCAGAAAACUGGGGUGCACUGGAGCCUCCACCAAAUGUGGAGUGGCCCCUAGGGUGAUGCAUGACCCCUCUUCACCUCACCAGCCUCCUCAAAUCCAUGGUCCCCCCUAAUUUCCUGAGCUGAUCCCAGUGGGGUCCCCAGUGUUGUGUUCCCCCUUGCCAUGUUGCAUGUACAAGUUGCCUUAAAUUGCAAUAAAUUAUUGUGGC